GGCUCUCCGCGGCCACCGUUUCUCCCUGAGGUCCCAGCCAAUCAGGGUUCAGCGGGAAGGGGCAGGACUGAGAGGCGCGCGCUGAGCUGCUUGCGGUAGCUGCUGCGGUUGCUUCGGCAUGGAGGAAAUUUAUGCGAAGUUUGUGUCUCAGAAAAUCAGCAAAACGCGCUGGCGGCCGUUGCCUCCGGGGAGCCUGCAGACCGCGGAGACCUUCGCUACGGGCUCUUGGGACAAUGAGGAAAAUUAUGUUUCACUUUGGUCUAUUGGAGACUUUGGAAACUUGGACUCUGAUGGAGGAUUUGAAGGAGAUCAUCAAUUAUUGUGCGAUAUCAAACACCAUGGGGAUGUAAUGGAUUUGCAGUUUUUUGACCAGGAAAGAAUUGUAGCUGCUUCAUCAGCAGGAUGUGUAACACUUUUUCUUCAUCAUCCGAAUAACCAGACUCUGUUGGUCAACCAGCAGUGGACAACAGCUCACUACCACACGAGCCCCGGCAGCCCUUCCUACAGCAGUGCCCCGUGUACGGGUAUCGUGUGCAGUAGCCCAGAAAUUGUCACAGUUGGAGAAGAUGGUCGAAUAAAUCUCUUCAGAGCUGAUCACAAGGAAGCUGUAAGAACAAUAGACAAUGCCGAUAGCAGUACACUCCAUGCUGUAACCUUUCUUCGAACUCCUGAGAUUCUUACAGUAAAUUCAAUUGGACAGUUGAAAAUCUGGGAUUUCAGACAACAAGGAAAUGAGCCCUCGCAGAUAUUAUCAUUGACUGGUGACCGAGUGCCGCUCCACUGUGUUGAUAGACACCCCAACCAACAGCACGUUGUCGCUACUGGUGGCCAGGAUGGGAUGUUGAGUAUUUGGGAUGUUAGACAAGGUACUAUGCCUGUGUCUCUGCUAAAGGCCCAUGAAGCUGAAAUGUGGGAGGUUCACUUUCACCCAUCAAACCCAGAUCAUCUGUUUACCUGUUCUGAAGAUGGAUCCCUGUGGCACUGGGAUGCCUCCACAGAUGCACCUGAGAAGUCAUCGCUCUUUUACCAAGGGGGAAGAACUAGUAUUUUGUCUCACAGUGUUUGUAACCAGGCUAAUGUUCACCAGUCUCUUAUGAGUUCCUGGCUCAGCACUGAUCCUGCGAAAGACCGUAUUGAAAUCACAAGCUUGCUUCCCAGUAGGACUCUGUCUGUGAACAGUCUGGAUGUUUUAGGUCCUUGUCUUGUUUGUGGAACUGAUGCAGAAGCAAUUUAUGUCACUAGACAACUUUUUUCAUGAAAAUAUUCUAAGAUUUCUGAUAAAAUGUGCUGUUAGCCUUUUAAAUCCCAA